CAGGAUCCUAAACGUAUUCGGUAUUCCUGGUACCUUACGAAAAAUACCCCAUCUUGUGACAGAAACAAUAACUCUGAUACUUAUUUCUUUUCUUCCUUGUUUUUCUUUUUAUCAUCCCAUCUUUCACAAAAUCAAAGAACAAGUAGAGGAUAGUCUCAAAACAUGAAUCCCUACCCUCCUCCCCAAGGUUACCCUCCUCCAGAUCAAGGUGGAUAUCCGCCACCACAAUAUGCUCCACAGUAUGCGGCGCCUCCACAGUAUGCACCUCAGUAUGUGGCGGCUCCGCCGCCGCAACAGGAGCAGAAGAGCCAAAUGGGUUGCUUACAAGGAUGUUUGGCUGCUCUUUGCUGUUGCUGCGUUUUGGAUGCCUGCUGUGAUAUCUUCUGAUUAAUUUUUUUAUAAAUUUUGGAUAUUUUCCUUGGAAGAAUUUACCAUAUUCAUUGUUGUUUCGACUUCAUUUUCUUUUUCCUUCAAUAUUUUUGUAUGUGUGGGGGGCCUCAGCUUCUACAAGUGCCAUCACUGAAUGGAACUAUCUGUGUUUUUACCAAACAGUAUCAAGAGUGUUGUACGUUUC